UCUAUCAGCAAUGCCUCUCUCUCAAGAGCAGCUGAUUUCACGGCAAUUCUUGUGGCUUUAACUCUCCGUGUCUUGUUCGACCGUCCCUUUUCCUCUCCCUCUUACGUAGAUUAUAGGAGUUCUGUACUAACACAACCAAAGUGAACACUGAUCCUUCUUAUUUAACCCAUCUCUAAUCUCUUCGUAUUCUUCUCCUACUUCUAUUUCUUUAUCCUUAUCUUUCCCUUUUCUUGUCAAUUAGUAGCUUUGGAUCAAUCUCUCUCUCCCUCCCUCUUUGCCAACUUAGAAAUAUGAACAAAUAAGGCUAUAAAAGCUUGCAUCUUUCACACCCGAGAUCUGCUUCUCUUCGUAUUAUCAAUACAAGGUGUUCAAAAUUUUGAGAAUUGAUUGGCUAUAGGAGAACAUGGCGUUAGGAAAAUACAGCAGGGUAGACAAUAGAAGACAAAAUUCGAGUUACUGCUCGACAGUGACAAUCACGGUGUUUGUGGGUCUCUGCUUGGUUGGGGUAUGGAUGAUGACAUCGUCUUCUGUGGUUCCUGGACAAAGUGUUGAUGUUCCUGCUCAGGAAAACAAGAAUGAGGUGAAGCAACAAGUUCCUGAAAGCAAUGAAAUCAAUCCUAAGCAACCUGAGGAUAGCCCGGGUGAUUUGCCUGAGGAUGCAACACAAGGAGACAGCAGUACACCUGAAGAGAAGCCCGAGGAGAUUCCUGAAGAGAAGCCAGAGGAGAAGCCAGAGGAGAAGCUGGAGGAGAAGCAAGAAGAGAAGCCAGAGGAGAAGCCGGAGGAGAAGCAAGAAGAGAAGCCUGAGGAGAAGCCGGAGGAGAAGCCUGAGGAAAAAUCAAAUGAAGAUACCAAGUCCGAUGAUGGGUCAACUACUGAGACACAAAAUGGAGGAACUAAUGCAGAGGAUGCUGACACUAAGAUCAACAAUGGAGAAACAAACACAAAAGAUGGAGGGACAAAGCCAGAUGAUGGAGAAAGUAAUGCAGCUGGACAAGGAGAUUCUGAGAAGAAUUCAACGGAGAAGAAACCUGGUACUGAUGAGACUGAAACAAAAUUGGAUGAGAAUACUGGUGAAGGUGAGGAUGGGGAAACAGGGAAUGAUAAGAUAGAUGAGAAGGUGGAUCAGAAAGAUAGUAAGGAGGCGGAUAAAAGUUCUGAUGGGCAGGCCAACAACCAGGGUUCAGGUGAGUUACUUCCUUCAGGGGCUCAGUCAGAGCUUUUGAAUGAAACGACCACUCAGAGUGGUUCGUGGUCAACUCAGGCAGCAGAGUCAAAGAAUGAGAAGGAAACUCAAAAGUCUUCUAAUCAGCAAGGGAGGUACAAUUGGAAACUGUGCAAUGUCACUGCUGGGCCUGAUUACAUCCCAUGUCUUGACAAUUGGCAAAAAAUUAGGAGUCUUCAUUCUACAAAGCACUAUGAACAUCGAGAGAGGCACUGUCCUGAAGAACCCCCAACCUGUCUUGUUCCUCUUCCUGAAGGAUAUAAACGCCCAAUUGAGUGGCCAACAAGCAGGGAAAAGAUAUGGUACCAUAAUGUUCCCCACACCAAGCUUGCACAAAUUAAGGGGCAUCAAAACUGGGUGAAAGUUACUGGUGAAUUCCUCACUUUCCCUGGUGGUGGAACCCAGUUUAAGCAUGGCGCUCUUCAUUACAUUGACUUCAUAAGUGAGUCUGUGCCUGACAUUGUAUGGGGAAAACAAACCCGUGUGAUAUUGGAUGUUGGAUGUGGAGUUGCUAGCUUUGGAGGAUAUCUCUUUGACAGAGAUGUUCUAACAAUGUCAUUUGCCCCUAAAGAUGAGCAUGAAGCUCAAGUACAAUUUGCUCUUGAAAGAGGAAUCCCAGCUAUAUCAGCUGUGAUGGGAACAAAGAGGCUUCCCUACCCUGGCAGAGUUUUUGAUGCUGUUCAUUGUGCGCGCUGUAGAGUACCGUGGCAUAUUGAAGGUGGUAAACUUCUUCUGGAGCUGAAUCGCGUGUUGCGGCCUGGUGGUUUCUUUGUGUGGUCUGCUACUCCUGUUUAUCAGAAGCUAGCUGAAGAUGUUGAAAUUUGGCAAGCCAUGACCGAACUAACAAAAACUAUGUGCUGGGAACUUGUGUCUAUUAACAAGGACACAAUUAAUGGAGUGGGUGUAGCUACAUACAGGAAGCCUACUUCCAAUGACUGCUAUGAGCAAAGAUCAAAACAAGAGCCUCCACUUUGUGAAGCAUCUGAUGAUCCAAACGCAGCCUGGAAUGUGCCGCUGCAAGCAUGUAUGCAUAAGGUGCCUGUAGAUUCACUGGAACGUGGGUCUCAAUGGCCAGAGCAAUGGCCGGCAAGGUUGGGUAAAACACCUUAUUGGAUGUUGAGUUCCCAAGUUGGGGUUUAUGGUAAACCAGCACCAGAAGAUUUCACUGCAGAUUAUGAGCACUGGAAGCGGGUGGUCUCCAAUUCAUAUCUAAAUGGAAUUGGAAUAAACUGGUCAUCUGUGAGAAAUGCCAUGGACAUGAGAUCUGUUUAUGGAGGUUUUGCUGCAGCUCUGAAGGAUUUGAACGUGUGGGUCAUGAAUGUGAUCACAGUAGACUCGCCAGAUACUCUACCUAUAAUUUAUGAACGUGGGCUGUUUGGAAUUUAUCAUGAUUGGUGUGAAUCAUUCAGCACUUAUCCUAGAUCUUAUGAUCUUCUCCAUGCGGACCAUCUAUUCUCCAAGGUUAAAAAGAGGUGCAGUAUGGUGGCUGUAUUUGCGGAAGUUGAUAGAAUUCUGAGGCCAGAAGGGAAGCUCAUUGUCCGGGACAAUGUUGAGACCAUUAAUGAGCUGGAGAACAUGGCAAGGUCUAUGCAGUGGGAGGUUCGUAUGACCUACUCUAAGGACAAGGAAGGAUUGCUGUGUGUCCAGAAAUCCAUGUGGCGACCCAGUGAGUCAGAGACACUCACUUAUGCUAUUGCUUAAGCAUGAUUCCAGCCCAGUCAGUGGCAUUUCCAUUCUCGGUGUUCUAUUGCAAGUGAGAUUAGGUAUUCUUUUUGCUCUGGUUGCUAAUUACAAUUCAUGUAACUGCAUCUCCAUGUUAGCUUAUCUACCAUGAUAAUUAGGAUUGUCAUUGUCAGAUGUUUUCCGUAUCUUUUAGUUUUAUGAUUUCUUCAUCCCAAGAUUUGUGUCACAGUUUCAGUUAAUAUUAUUGUUAAAAAGAUGACAAUACAUUCUUCAAGUGUAAAGUCCAAUUGUUAUAGGUUUGGACGAACAUCAAAUUUUUUGAAUAUCAUAUUGAAAUGUGUAAUGCUGAAUUUGUCUCUAUUGCAUCUCAAUGAAAGAAAAGUUGAUUGUGGACA